CUCCGUACCCUGACGCCCUGACGCCCGCCCUGACCUGACACCCCAAACCUGACGAGCCUGGACCUUGCUUGAGGCCGCCUUCCGUGACCCAGGCAAGGUGCCAAAGUUCCUCCUUGCCCUGACCAAGUCUUGGGUCUUGCUCAGCAAUGGCCGUGGACAACUCACCUCGCAUCUGCACCACCACACCACCACCCAUCCUCAUGGGCAGUAAUACCGGCAUGUUGACCUCGACAUCAUCAUCAUCAUCCUCAUCAUUCUCCCUCAACUGCGCGCGCAUAAUACGGUACAGCCAGGUACCUGGGACCAGGUACCUGCAGCCCUGUCUGUCUUAGUUUGCCUCUUUCUCUCUUGUUUCUCUCUCUCCCCCUGUAUCUGUCGCUCUCUCUUCCCUUUUCUUUUCGCUGCCCAGGUACAUGAACGCUGCGCACAUCCAGCCCAUAUAUACGCACGCACAUUCAUACACAUGUGCGGCUUCCUGCGCCAGCUGCCCUGACCUGAUCUAGUCCCGAGGGUCAAGGUCGCUCGCUCCAUUGUUCUGCUGCGCUCAUUGUUGUUACUAUUUAUUAUUACUAUUCUUAUUCUUGCUUGCUCUUUGCCCUCGGUCUUCCCAACCACACACAGCACAACACCUGUGCGCCCAUGCAUACACCACAUUUCACCCGGCCUGGUCAAGCACACGGUACGGCUCGGCUCGGUACCCUCUAAUACACGUUCACGUCCACGUUAUUGUGCUGCGGUGCUUCUGUGGGCAGAGUCGGCAACACAGACUCACCUCACACGCAUUGCAUCUGACCAGAACCUCCGACUCGGGCUCAGACUCGGGCGCUUCCACCGCAGGGGGGCUCCUUCGUUCAUGCAAGUACUUAAUCGAACGCUCCACCUGCGACUGACUCCCCAGGUACGGAGUACUACUACGGCACUCUGAUUCCUGCUGGAACUGUUCUUGUGGUCCUGCCUGUGUCGUCAGUUGGGCCCCCUUAAGGAUACAUAACUUGCUGCAGCAUUCGCUCGCUCACCCCGGGGCGCUCAUGCGGCUACAAGGCCUCUUCCACUGGCAUCCUUCAUCUCCCUCCGUACCCCUGCUUCGAACCCCGAGUUCCAACCCAAUCUCUUUUGCUGUCAUUUGCGACCUUUCGCAUCUUGGUCGCCUGAUAUCAACUACUCGUCCGUUCUUCCGCAUUUUCGACGGCUCAGCCAGGCCCGACCAGCCCUGAGAGCUCCACCUGCUGCUCUCUGGUCCACUAUUCAACUCAAAUCCCAGCAACAAUCCGGCUUUCCAGCCUGCCCAACUCACCGCCUGUGGCCGCCCUCCCGCCACGAGGACGUCAGCGCCGGCUCCCGGGUUGGCCAGCCUCGGCCUGUUUGUUCGCCCUCCGUCUGCACGCGCUUGCCUUGCUUGUCGUCAUUGUCGCUUCGCACCGUGGGAAUCUCAGAAACGCCCUGCCAGCAGCUCUCAUCGCCUACUGGUCUCGCCACACGCGCAAACACAGCCGACAGCCACCCAGGGUGUCGCCCAGGCCAGCUCAUCUCCAGGUCAUCUCGCACACAUGAGCUUGCUGUACACGAGGCUAUAGCUGUUGCCACCACAACACCCCUUAUGUGUUACUCGCAGCAACGCGGCAAUCAUCUCCUUACCUUCCCUAUACUUGGACGAGACGUUCUGUCGAAUUACACCAGCAGGAGUAUGAAUCCAGAGCCAACAACAUCUCCACACGUCACAGGCACCUUACCCGUCCAAUUACCGACUCCGCGUCCCAUCUCCUGACCUACUGGUCAAUGGCAUCUUCCGAGGUCGAUCAGAAGUUCCUUGGCAAGUUUGCCAAGGCAGAGGAGCAAACAAAUCCUCUGCUCUCUUCAAUUCUUUUCAAGAUCCUGGGCUUGUCCAUAAAUUUAUCUCAGCACCUGGUCAAGGCGAGGAAGCAGCGCAAAGUUGAGCCCACGAGGCCAACCGAGGCACUUGACUUUUAUUUUCACAUCAUAUGGCUCGCGCGGGAGGGGCUGGUCAUGCUCGAACAGUAUGUGAUUCCGAUGGUGAACAGGCAAAGCGAGCUCAAGGUGCUGGCUUACAAGCUACGGGCAUCCUUCUAUCACAUCUUUGUGCUUUUCCACAACCAGCCACCGGUAUCGUCGCAAUUCAUGCCUACCCCAGACCCUGCGACCACCUCUACCGUCCCAGGUGCGCCGCCAUCGAAAAUAGACAAGGGCAAGGGGGUAGCGAGCGACGAGGGCUCGCGCUCGGGAGCCACGCCCUACUCCCGCGGCGGGCCGGUCGCCCCACCACCGGGUUUCGGGCCCGAGGCUGUUGGUGCGUUCCUGCUCCCGGCCGGCGAUUACCUCCCCCAGGCCCGACGGUCCUUCGAAGAGGCCGUGGCUCUCGCGGAUCAGCAUUUAUGGGGCUCUCACUCUUUGCGGUUGUCAGUCAGGACUGAGUAUUCAUCCUUUCUCUACGAGUGCGCUCAUGACGCCGAGGAGAGCCGCAAGGUAGCCCGAAUGACUAUUAACGAGGUCUACGAGGCCACUGAAGGCAUCGACAACGAAAUGUUCAACGAUGCUUGCGAGCUGGUUACCGUGCUCGGGAGGAUGAUGAAGCGCGGACAGCCCGUUUCGGCCAAGACAUCGAGUCCCGGCACUUCACAGCAGAAGACAUCGCCAACCUCACAACCCGUGACAGCAGCCCAACCACCACCUCCGCCUGUCACAGCAGCACAACCACAACCGGGCUUCAUAUAGCACUGCCAGAGGCUAUAUCCGCCGUGUCAAAUAAUAUUGUGUCAUUUACUUGCUUAAUACAAAUAAAUUUAAAUUUAAUCUAAGCACGCUUCAUCAGCUACCCAUAGAUGCCGCACAUCUGGCCUGGCUGCCGGACGUUCAGAGUGGAAGCCAUGGUCCGAUGCUUAGCCCCCCUGACCUAUCAGCUUUCGAAGGAGACACGCGUCAGCCUAGGCCGAGAGUUCUUCGAGAUUUCGGCUGUGAGCUCCGGCCAGGCCGCGGGUGAGACUAGCAGCAACGCUCGCAAGGCCCGUUGUCUAGGAUGUUGAUUUUGUGCCCGGGACAUCAUGAGCCCUACGGGAUCUAUCAAAAAGCGUGGCGCUCAUCACGAUGUGGUGGUAGCAUGGUUGCUGGUGAGAAAAUGGGCAAAUCUACAGUGAACAAGCCGGUUAUGUCACGCCCCAGACAAAUACCAGGGCUAUUGUCAUGGCUGGAUGAACCUCCUUCCCUAUCGUCCACCCAACAGCGACUGUCGUGCAAAUUCCAGCACCAAGAUAACAGGCACUCUAUACACUCGCGCGCUCGAAGAGGAAUUCCCUCCAGAGCUCAUCACCAGGGAACUUGUUGAUGGUGAUUACCAGCUCCUUUGCAGCAACUUGAUAGUCAUGAUCUAACAAUAUCUUUCCUUGAGCGGCGUCAGCGUUUCAAUGCAUUCAGCGGGAUCUGGUACAUUUGACUGGUCGAAACCUUUGAUUUGCGGCACGCAGGACUGCCAGUAUCGGAAGCCAAAUUUGUCUAGGCCUAUAUUUCUGGAUCUCAAAACGGCCAGUUUCACUUGCAGGAAAGUCUGGGCUCUGUACACAACAAUCAUCUUCCUAACAACACUACAUCGAGGUAGCAACCUGGUUCACACCUUGACUAGGUGCCUCCAGGUCUCGCUUAGCUCCCCAAAGAAAUAUGUCCCGAGGUCAGCGACUUGCAACGAAGCUCGGCCAGAGUAGUCGAUACCAAUGACCAAUUCAAGCUGGACGCGGAUAUUAUGCAAAGACUGUUCUUAUUUAAGACACAGCCAACGUCUGUUGGCAUAAGGAAGCUGAUGACGGUCUAUGCACUGUCAAUGCGGGAAAUAUCAGACUGACUGGUGUUAUGUCAGACUCCUCAGGUAUCGUCUUGAGGCAAUCGUCCAUCCCUGAUUAUCUGAACGAAAAUUCGACCCCUCUUAACUCCGAUAAUUCUGUUUCCAAAUACUCAUCAUGAUUAGAUUCAAACUAUGUCGAUGUUCGAAAUGUGGUGAGAUCGACUGUUGACAAAUUCAAGUUAGAAGCUGCUAUACUGUCUAAGCUCCAGAUGUCGGCCCAUGUGGCCUAUCUAUAUCACUACCUAGGUAGUUAAUGGGUGCUACAUAAAUCAGGUACCUCAGAUUUGAUGACCA